AUGGGGCCCUAUACAACCUCCACAGCCUUCUUCGAGGCAAUCUGGGAAGCGGGCAUAACCCACUGCUUUGUCAACCUAGGCUCAGACCACCCCUCAAUCCUCGAAGCAAUAGUCCAAGGCCAGAACACGAAACCCGAAUCCUUCCCCAAGAUAAUAACAUGCCCGAACGAGAUGGUCGCGCUGUCCAUGGCGGACGGCUACGCCCGACUCACCGGCAAGCCGCAGUGCGUGAUCGUCCAUGUGGAUGUAGGCACGCAGGGAUUGGCAGCUGCGGUGCACAAUGCCAGCUGUGGCCGGGCGCCGGUCUUGAUAUUUGCGGGACUGAGUCCGUAUACGAUUGAAGGGGAGAUGAGGGGGAGCAGGACGGAGUAUAUUCACUGGAUACAGGAUGUCCCGGAUCAGAAGCAGAUCGUGGCACAGUACUGUCGGUAUGCUCAGGAGAUAAAGACGGGGAAGAACAUCAAGCAAAUGGUCAACCGCGCACUCUCGUUCGCGACCUCUGAGCCUAAAGGCCCCGUCUAUCUCGUUGGUGCCCGCGAAGUCAUGGAGGAAGAGCUGGAGCCGUAUUACCUGGACCAGUCAUUCUGGCUCCCGGUCGAGCCGCCAGCCCUGCCACCCUCUGGUGUCAAAACCAUCGCCGAAGCUCUCAUUGCCGCGCAAGAACCUCUAGUAAUCACCGGCUAUAGUGGGCGAAACCACCGCGCCGUAUCUGAACUCGUCGCCCUCGCCAACACCGUCCCUGGCCUCCGUGUCCUCGACACGGGCGGCAGCGAUAUGUGCUUCCCAGCCAAUCACCCAGCCUGGCUGGGCCUCCGGUAUGGUAUUGAAGACAGCAUCAAAACAGCGGGUGUGAUUCUGGUCCUUGAUUGUGAUGUCCCCUGGGUUAAUACUCUGUGCCAUCCUAAGAAGGACGCGAAGAUAUACCACAUCGACGCCGAUCCGCUAAAGCAGCAAAUGCCAGUCUUCUAUAUCAAUGCACUUCGGCGAUACAAAGCAGACAGCGAGACCGCGCUAAUCCAGCUCCGCGAGUACAUCUCCUCCAACCAUGGCGCGGAGGUACGGAAGCUCAAGGAGCAGAGAUGGGACAAAUUGGCACAAAGCCACCAGCGACGAGUGCAAACCAUCAAGGAUCAGGCCGCGCCGGACAAAGACGGUCAUUUCGGCCCCAGCUAUCUGAUCAGCGAAGUCCGCAACGCGUGUCCCAAUGACACGAUCUGGGCCAUCGAGGCCGUUACCUGCACCGCAUUUGUCGCGGAUCAGAUUCAGGCCACGAUUCCAGGUAGCUGGAUAAAUUGCGGUGGUGGCGGGUUGGGGUGGAGCGGUGGUGGUGCCCUGGGGAUCAAGCUUGCUGCCGGAGAAGGCAAAUUCAUUACCCAGAUCGUCGGCGACGGCACAUACCUCUUCUCCGUCCCCUCCACCGUCUACUGGAUCUCCCAACGCUACAACCUUCCCAUACUGACUAUCGUGCUCAACAACAACGGCUGGAACGCUCCACGGCGAUCCCUGCUCCUCGUGCAUCCCGACGGCGAGGGCAGCAAGGUAAGCAAUGAACAGCUGAAUAUCAGUUUUGCGCCUAGCCCAGACUAUGCGGGGAUUGCGAAGGCAGCGAGCGGGGGGCGGUGUUGGGCGGGGACGGCGGGAACAGUGAGUGAGUUGGGGAAGGCAUUGGGGGAGGCGGUGGAGGUGGUGAAGGGGGGGCGGAGUGCGGUGUUGGAUUGUUGGGUGCUGGGCGCGCAAGGGGGUUUUGGUGGGGGGAAGGCUGUUACAGUGGGAUGA